AUGAGAAUACACACCGGAGAAAAACUUUUUUCGUGUAAUAUCUGUGAAUAUAAAUAUAAUAGAAAACAUAGUUUGCAAACACAUAUGAAAAUACAUACUGGAGAAAAACCUUAUUCGUGUGAGAUCUGUGAAUAUAAAUGUAUUACAAAAUGUAGCUUGCAAAAACAUAUGAAAAUACAUACCGGAGAAAAGCCUUUUUCGUGUAAUAUCUGUGAAUAUAAAUGUAUUCAAAAAAGUCGUUUGCAAAUACAUAUGAAAAGACACACCGGAGAAAAAUCUUUUUCGUAUAAUAUCUGUGACUACAAAAGUAUUGAUAAAAGUAUUUUGCGCUAUCAUAUGAAAAUACAUACUGAAGAAAAACGUUAUUCGUGUAAUAUAUGCGACUAUAAAUGUUAA